AUGAAUAUUAGAUAAUUAGAUAAUAUCAUUUCAUGGCUUCUUUCUAAAUUUAAAUCUUCCCCUUAUAGAUGGAAUGAAUAAUAAGUGCAUUCCUUUUGUGAAUCAGUUGGAUUGUAAUGGGCUGUAUCAAUUAUUACUGUAAAUGAUUUCAUCAAUAUUUAGAUAUAAACUGCUCCAAAAUAAAGGUCUUAUAAUAACUAAGAAGAGAAACCCUAAACAAAUAAAUUAUAAAUACCUUUGUUAGAUGCCUGUACAAGAUAGUAUGAAGAAAUAUUAGAAUUGUGUAAUGCUCAAAGUAUUUAUAAAUUGAUAAGUCAUUCAAUGGAUAUAAACCUUUAUUAUUAAAUCUAGAAAUUAAAAAUAUGGUCCCUCAUUGUCUUGAAAUAUCAACAUUAUAGAGAAAUAUUCAAGAAACAUUAUGGAUCCAAAUUAUUUUCAUAGUCAAAAUGUAAAGGUUGUACUGCUGAAAUCAGUUGUGCAUGUUAAAUAUUAAAUAAUUUGUUAUAUGAGAUAGAAAUCUAUAUUAAGAGUAUUUAUGAACUUCCUAGUACUCAAAGUCAAAAUAGAAGAACCUCUAUGUAUAUAAGUUCAGACAUUAUAAAUUUAUUAUUAAAAUCUAUUUCUCAUUUACCUUCAUAUGAUUAAUAACCUCUCUUUUGGGAUAUGGAUGAUAUAAAAGUUCUAUUACAUGUAAUUAAAUUUCAAGAUUAUUAUCAAUUAUUAUUUUAAAAUUAAAUUGAUGGAUUUGUUUUACUAUUAUUAGUCAAUCCACCUUUUAAGGGUGAUAAUUUAUUUCUAAAAUGUUUAUUGAUGAGUUAACAAAACUUUUCACAAAAGCCAUAAAAUUUAUUAUAUCAAAAUAGAUAAAGUAUGGUAAGAAAUACCAUGUAGACUGCUAGCAAAUAUCACUAAAUAAAUUAAUUUCUUCAUUUAUUACAUUAUCUAUUACAAAUAUUAAGCUUAGCUGCUUAUAAAAAUUAGGAAUCUUACACAGAAUAUAAGCAUUUAGGAUAAAGAAAAGUAAGUCAAAUUAGAUGGAUAUCUUUAUAUUAUUUUACAAAAGAUACAUAAGUAGGAUAUGGAAAUAGAAAAUCAACACUUACUGAAUAAUUUAAGAGAUCAACUAAAUCAUAUGGCAAUGUAGAACAAUAAAUAAAAAACAGAAAUAAAACAGAGACUUUAGAUCAAUUAGAACUUAAGUUAAUGGUGACAGAUCAAAGUUUAGAAUAUAUAAAAAAAUAGUUUAGUCAUCCAAACGUUACUCAUUCAGCAGCAACUUCACCAUAUAUUUAAAAAGAUUAAAAUUGGAUCAAAUCUAAAACUUAAAUUGUAAAUUAAUUUAAUGUAGAAGAUAAUAUUCAUAGAAGUAGUUCAUUUUUGAUGUAUUAUUUUAUAAUUAUUUUAGAUCAGAUAAUGAUAUCUUAAUAUAAGAGCAAGAAAGGGAUAGAUAAAAUACAGAAACCCAUGUGUAAUUUGAAGAAGAAAUAUUAUCAGGUGGUAAUGUUAAUUAAUCAUAAGAAGAAUAAUCAUAAUAAUUAUCCAAUUAAGAAGAAGAAUUAUAAGAAAUUAAUGAUUAAAUGCAAGAAUCAGUGGCAUUUAUGGCAUAAUCAGUAUUAAUUUAAUAAUAAUCUUAAAUAUUAUAAUAAUAAUAAUAAUAAUAAUAAUAAUAAUAAUAAUAAUAAUAAUAAUAAUAAUAAUAAUAAUAAUAAUAAUCAGAAUAAGUUAUGUGUGAAUCAGUUAUUUUAGGCUAAUCUAGUGGUAUGCAAUAAUCUACCAUUAUGCAAUAAUCUACUAUUAUGCAACAAUCUGUAAUGAUGUAAUAAUCUACAAUUAUGCAAUAAUCUACACUUCUAGAUAAAUCAAUAUAAAUACAAUAAAUUAUUGAAUAAUAAGAUAAUUAACGAGUAGAGUACUUAUUAUAAAAUAAUUUUUAGAUUUAAUUCUAGAGAUCAAUCAAAGAAUAGGUAUUAAAAAGAAUAGAAAAAUUAACUUUUCAACCAUUAUUUGAUUUAUUUUAACUUUAAUAAUAAACUCAUUUAAAAUUGAAAUGUGAUGAAUAAUAAAAAGUAACUAUUUUUUUUAAGAAUUAGUUAAAAGUUGUUAACAUUUAAGGAGCAAGUUUUGGUAGAAAUGAAGAUUGCACAUUUGCAUUUACAGACCAUUCUAAAAUUAGUAGCAAACAUUGCUAAAUAUAUUAUAAAGAUAGUAAUAUUUAUAAAUAAGUUGACAGAAGCAUUUUACCUAGUUGAUGUAGGAUCAAAAGGGGGUACUUUUGUAAAAAUAAACCAUAAUUUUGUAAUUGAAAGGGAUAUGUCAGUCUAUAUUGGAAAUCGAUUUGCAUUUAAAAUAAUUGAUAUUAACACAGAGACAGGAUUUUUGGAAGUGAGAUAUGAGUAUGAAGGGACAGCAAAGCAUAAAUAAAUAUAACUAAAAAGAGGAGAUAAAUUUUUGAUAGGAAGAGAAAGAUCUAAAAAUAAUUUUACUUUUAUGCAUUCUUAGUAAAUUUUAAUUUUAAAUAAUUUUAGAUGUAAUAAAUUAAUGAGUGCAAAACAUAUGGAAAUUUAUUAUGAUUAUAAUUUUAAGGCUGGAUCAGUUAAAUUAAUGAUAAAUGAUUUGGAAAGUAAAAAUGGAACAUGGUUACGAUUAAGUGAAAAAUAAGUUAUUAGUGCACCAUUUCAUUUAUAGAAAGGAAUUAAAUUUAACUUAUCAUUUGAAUUGAUGUUUGAUGUCUUUGAAAUGAUAUGUGAUAUAUGA